CCAAUAGGAAACCCCUCUACCAUCAGAUCCUUACUAUAAAAUGAUGAAGCAUCAGCCAGUGAGUCACCUGAAGAGAUCCACAUCCAGAAGAACCAUGAUGAAGCUUUGCUGUGUUCUUAUCUUGUUUCUUGCUGGCACUGCAUCAGGAAAUAUUGAGAAAAGGAUUGUUGGGAGUACAUCUUGUGGCAAGGAGAGGCAGUACCAUGUCAAGAUAGAGUCUGUUCAGGGAGGAAGGUCCUGUGGAGGAGCUCUGCUCAACACCCUCUGGGUCAUCACUGCUUCUCACUGUGCCGAACAGAAAGUGAAAGUGAAGAUUGGCGUAAACAAUGAUGUGUCAGUUUUUACGAAAUUAGCAUCUUUCAUUAAAGGAUCCUCCAAAAAGCUUGAGCAAGUCAUUACUACCGAGAAACAAUUUACCUUUAAAAACGAGGAUGGGAAGCCUCAUGACAUCAUGCUCAUAAAACUGAAUGAGGGUGUGUCUGCUCAACUUCCCACCAUCCGCCUUCCUUCAGGAGAGUGUAAAAGACCAGAAUUGAAAAAGGAUGUUAGAAUUGGAGGCAUGGGACCAAAGACAGCAGGGGCAAAACCUGAGAGCCAGGUGAGGUGUGCUACAACACAAAUGUUUGAAUGUGGUGAGAAUGAUAAACCGAGUGUUAAGUACCACAGCGACGAAACGACCACCAUGUGUGCCUUUAAGGCUGGUGUGGGGACCUGCUUUGGCGAUGGAGGCUCCGCUGUGGAGUACGAAGGCUUUUUACAUGGAAUUACUAUUAGUGAUCCUACGGAUACGUGUGCACACCACAUAGUAAUGCUGGAUAUCUGUUUCUACAUGAAGUGGAUUGAAGAAACUAUGCACAAAUAAAAGCUUAACCACACAAGUCAUGAUUAAUAAUCAUAAUCUCCUGUCAAAAUAGUUUGUUUCACUUAAAUGAAACAGAAAAUAUUAAAUUCUACUAAAAUGCAUGUAAGAUCACUGUGCUAUCUUGUGAUUUUUAGAGAAAAUAAAUAACUUUGUCCAAAUUCUUAUUUGCAUUAAUAAAAAUAGUU